UAGCGCGCCAAAAUGCUGCUUUGGCGAAGCAGAGUAUCAACCGUCAAGUCUCCUUUUUCUCUGGGGACUUUCGUCAAACACCUUCCAGCUUCAAAUCCAAGUCCAAACCCAAGUCCCUACACAUUCAAAUUCAGCCCCAGUGGAAAACCGCAGUCCAUAUUCACCACUCCAGCCCUGCCCAAAUCCCAUUUCCAGGCCUUAACUCAGAAGCAACAACAACAAGUCCAUCUCUACAUCCACUCCCUCCUCGAAUGGAACCAGAAGAUGAACCUCACUGCUGUUAGAGGGCAAAAUGAGGUAAUGGAAAGGCAUGUGGAGGAUUCACUGGCCAUUUUAGAGCCUAUAAAGACCUCUUAUCUCUCCCGUUGUGGGACUUCUUGCGAAAACCUGAAUCUUAUUGACGUCGGUAGCGGGGCGGGCCUUCCAGGAAUAAUUCUUGCUAUUGCUUGCCCUGGCUGGAAAGUUACCCUUUUGGAGUCUAUGAAUAAGCGUUGUGUUUUCUUGGAGCAUGCGGUUGGCGUCACCGGUCUGUCAAAUGUGCAAGUUAUAAGAGAAAGAGCUGAGAACCUGGGACACAAUCCUGGGUUCAGAGAGGCGUUUGACGUUGCUGUAGCCAGAGCAGUUGCAGAAAUGAGAGUUUUAGCUGAGUAUUGUCUUCCUCUAGUACGUGUGAGUGGAUUGUUUGUAGCAGCAAAGGGCCAUAACCCUCAGGAGGAAGUCAAAAGUGCAAAGAGAGCUGUUAAUUUGCUGGGUGCUUCAGUAUUGCAAACAUGCAAUGUGGAAUCGAAAAGCAAGUAUGGACACAGAACUGCAAUCAUUUGUCUAAAAGAUGGCACCACACCCAAAAAAUACCCACGUGAUCCAGAUUUUAUUGAUUGGCAUAAUUAAGACCCCGACUUUUCCUGGAUGAAAAUAACGAAGAGUGGAGACGUCACUGCCACUUAUCUCCUCAUUCUCUUUCCUCCCUGACAUAAGAAGUGCCUCACUAUAGCAGUGCAAGCAAAAGUUUUUGUGAACUUGUUGAUUAACUUCAAUUCAACAGUCUAUCUCUAGCUCCCCCAGCCAAACCAACUAUUCCCCUCCCUUUCUGAAUAUGUGCAUGCUCACGCCAAACUGGCUUCCAUCUGUACGUCCAUAGAGAAACACAUGUAUGCAUACCUGUAUACAUGGAUAUUUAUCUAUGUUCAUCUGUAUGUGUAGCAUAAAAGUAGAUAAAGAAGCUUAAGGUCUUGUUUGGAUUGCUAUUUUUUGGAUUUUUUGUUGAAAAAUAUAUUGUGGCUAAGUCUAUAGUUGUCCUGCUAAGUCUAAGAAAAAAAUAUCUAUAUUUUUUUAUAGGCCUAAGUCUAUAGUUUUCC